UUUGGGCAUGCCUGCAGACACUUGAAAAUAAACAAUACUAUGCAAACAUUUGGCAGCUAAUGUUUAGCAGCUUUACAAACGUAUUGCCCUGAUACAUGCAUACAAAAGCCAAACUCAAUAAUAAUUCUCAUUAAUUCUUAUACCUCUGCGUAGUUUUUACAGCAUCACUUCCAAGCUGACCGCUUUCACAAUGCUUUGACACAAUAAUUUGGUCCAUGGCUUCAUCUUGUGGAGAGAAAGAGGAACGACAGUUUGCCACUGACGUCACUGUCGCAAAAACGGCAGACGUGAACACUACGCUAUACGGCAAAUUGAAAAUUUAAAACUAAUAUGGCUUCCUUGAUUUGCAGGGAAACUCAAAGCAGAGUCAGUUCAGUUUUGAACAGAGAUGUGAAACAGUUUGGAAAGAAGUUUAUGUUUGACAACGAUGAAGAAACGUGUUGGAAUUCAGAUCAGGGGGAAUGUCAGUGGGUGUCUCUGGAAUUCCCCAAGACUGUUAAAGUGUCAGAGUUGAAAGUCCAGUUCCAGGGGGGGUUCUCAGCUAAAACAUGCAGACUAGAAGGUUGCCAAAGAGAAAAAGACUUUACAGCUAUCGGCCAUUUUUACCCAGAAGACAACAACUCACUUCAGAGCUUUCCCAUACAGGAGGCCCCUCCGGUGGACAAAGUAAAAAUAAUAUUUGAAAAUAGUGCUGACUUUUUUGGUCGAAUAAUUGUUUAUUCUUUGGACAUCCUGGGAGAAAAUGCUUGAUUACUAGUCUUUUCAACCCUCUCCUGAGAGAGGAAAUGGUCCUUGUUCAAUGCACAGGAUGGUGUGACCUCCCCCCAUUAUGAGGCCUUUUUUGGAAUGGGUCACUUUUAAGGGACUGAUGCAUUUUUUUCAUCAAUCAUCACUUCAAGACUAACUGAACUUACUAAAUGCAAUGUCCAUAUACUAUAAAUCUUUGUUCUUUAUAUUUAAAUAAGCAUUCUGACAGGUAAAAAAUAAAUGUUUUU